GAUAUGAAUUUAAAUCAAUUUAACCCUUUAAGAGGAAAAUCCUUUAUUGAGUUACCACAUGAUAUAAAAAUAAAAAAAGCUGUGAUAAAUGUUAAAAACACUGAUGACGCCUGUUUUAAGUGGGCACUGUUAUCUGCUUUAUUUCCAAUUCAUAAAAAUUCGGAUAGAGUAUCAUCAUACACCAAAUACAGUCAUAAAUUAAAGUUCGGUAAUAUUAAAUUUCCAGUCAAAUUAAAGGAUAUACACAAAAUUGAAAGUCUUAAUAAUAUAAGCAUUAAUGUUUUUGGGUUAGAAUAUAAUGAACAAAGAAAAAAGCAUUGUAUUGUUGGGCCAUUGUAUUUUACAAAGAAUAAAAUGCAGACUCAUAUAAAUUUACUAUAUUUGACACAGGGUAAAAUCGGUCAUUAUUGUUAUAUAAAAAAUAUGUCACGAUUAAUAAGUAGUCAAGUUUCGAAAUCCAAGGAAGCUAUAUAUCUAUGUGACUUUUGUUUACAAUAUUUUUCAACAUCUGAACGUUUAAAUAACCAUCAAAAAAAUGAUUGCAGACAUAUUUGUACACAAAUACCAAGCGUAGAUAAAAAUAAAAAAAAUUGGUGGGGCGAUAUUGUAUCUGAAAAUAAAUUAAGUUUUGAUAAAUUUCAACGUAAAUUGAUGUUACCUUUUGUUAUAUAUGCGGAUUUUGAGGCUUUUUUAAGUCCCUUAGCAUCAUGUUCAAACGAUCCUUUAAAAUCACAUACAAUAAAUGUACAAAAACAUAAUGUGUAUAGUUUUGGAUACUACAUUAAAUGCUCAUACGAUGAUAAAUUGUCUAAAUAUGUAACAUAUACUGGUGAAAACUGUGCUUUAAAAUUGAUGGAAACCCUGAAAGAUAAUUUGACAACAAUUGUUAAAAAAAUUGGUUUCCAAAAAGUUGCUAAUAAAAUAUCACCAAUUCAGCAAGAUAUAGUUAGCAAAUCUAUUCAUUGUUAUAUUUGUAAUAAAAUUUUGUGUGGGAAUUCAAUGAUUUACCACGAUUGGUUUACUGGGGAAUUUGUUGGGGUCAUACAUAAAGUUUGUUCAGAAAAAUUUAGAGUACCUUACACUAUACCAGUCUUCUUGCACAAUUUAAGCCAUUAUGAUGCACAUUUUAUCGUACAUGCCUUAAACUUUGAUGAAGGUCAGGUAGAAGUUCUCCCACAAAACAAAGAAAAAUACAUAUCAUUUUCAAAGGUUCUUAAAAUCAAUAACAGUAAUGUAACUUUACGUUUUGUGGAUUCCCUAAAAUUUUUACCCAGUAGCUUAGAUACUUUAGCAAAAAAUUUAACAAAAAAUAAUUUUAAUGAAUUAUCAAAAUGCUUUCCCAAUUCAGAAGACUUUAAACGGCUGACUAAAAAAGGUGUAUUUCCAUAUGAAUUUAUUAAAGAUUUUGAUACAUUAAACUACAAUCAACUUCCAGAUCUUCCACACUUUUACAGUAGUCUCACAGAUUCCAUUAUUUCUAAUGAAGAUUACAACCAUGCCAAAGAUGUUUGGAAUCAUUUCAAUUGUAAAAAUAUGUUGGAUUAUUCAAAUCUUUAUUUAAAAACUGAUGUUUUAUUGUUAGCAGAUAUUUUUGAAAAUUUUAGGCGUGUUUGCAUUAAAACGUACGAUUUAGACCCGGCUCAUUACUACACAGCACCUGGAUUAAGUUGGGAUGCUAUGUUAAAACAUACUAAAACAGAGAUUGAAUUACUUUCUGAUAUAGAUAUGAUUGCUUUUAUUAAAUCAGGAAUUCGUGGUGGUGUUUCGCAAUGUAGCACUCGCUAUGCAAAAGCAAAUAAUGUUUACAUGUCUGACUAUAAUGCGAAAGAUAAAGAGUCAUUCUUAAUGUAUUUCGAUGCCAAUAAUCUAUAUGGUUGGGCAAUGUCACAAUAUCUACCUACAGGUGGUUUUGAGUGGGUUAGUGCUGAUACAGAUUUUAAUGUUAGUUGUUCAUCAGAUAUAGGUUUUAUCUUAGAAGUAGAUCUGGAGUAUCCGGUGGAUUUACAUGAUAAACAUUCAGAUUUACCUCUUUGUCCAGAAAAUAUACCAGUUGGGGACGCUAAGGAAAUUAGAUUGAUUCCAAACUUAAAUAAUAAAUCCAAAUAUAUUAUUCAUUAUCGAAAUUUAAUUCAAUGUUUGAAAAUGGGUUUAAAAUUAUUAAAAGUUUAUAGAAUAUUAAAAUUUAAGCAGAGUCCAUGGUUAAAGAACUAUAUAGACCUUAAUACACAAUUAAGAACUCGAGCUAAUUCUGAUUUUGAGAAAGAUUUCUAUAAACUCAUGAACAACGCAGUUUUUGGUAAGACUAUGGAAAAUAUUGAGAAACGAGUUAACGUUAAACUGUUAACCCACUGGGAAAAUAGGGGCAAAGUAUUGGGGGCUGGGGAUCUAAUUGCUCAACCACAUUUUCACAGUGUUUCAAUAUUUUCUGAUAGUCUUGUUGCAAUUCAAUUAAACAAAAUGAAAUUAAUUUAUAAUAAACCUAUUUAUCUCGGAUUUUGUAUAUUAGAUAUAUCUAAAACGCUGAUGUAUGAUUUCCACUAUAAUUACAUGAAAGAGAAAUUUACUUCAAAUCUGAAACUACUGUAUACAGAUACUGACAGUCUCAUUUAUCAAAUAUUUACUAGUAACUUUUAUAAUGAUAUAAAGCCAGACAUUUGUACACAUUUCGAUACAUCAGAUUAUAAUCCAAACAAUGUUUUUAAUUUUCCUCAAGUAAAUAAGAAAAAAUUAGGUUAUUUCAAAGAUGAAAAUUGUGGUAAAAUCUUUACAGAAUUUGUGGGUUUGCGAUCAAAAAUGUAUGCAUUACAGGUAGAUGAUAAAAUUAUUACUAAGGCGAAGGGUGUUAACAAAUGUGUCACUCAAAAAUUAACGUUGGAUAAUUAUAAGUCAUGUUUGUUUAAUAAAAACGUACAGCAUUGUAAAAUGUAUCGGUUUAGAUCAUUAAAACAUACAAUUUUUACACAGGAAAUAAAUAAGGUGUGUUUAUCUUUUAAUGACACAAAGCGGUACAUUUUACCAAACAAAAUCGAUACGUUACCUAUAGGUCAUUACCAAAUCAAUAGUAUGUAAUUAAGUAUUGUAAAUAUAACAAAUUGUAAAUUUUUAUGUAAAAUAAAUUUGUUUUGUACAUGUAUAAUGUAUAAACGUGUACUGUACAUUAAUAUUGUGAUAUAACACUUACAUUUUUUGUAUAUUUCAUAUAAAUAAAUUGUUUUUAAAAUA